AGCGAUGGCCCUAGUGGAAAGUCUUGGCACACAUCAACCACACAUUGUAGACUGUGAGGCGGCACACUGAGCGCCAGACUAUACCAGUAAUAUCGCCAUCCAGUAAUGCCUGUGUACAAGCAGACAAAGAUGAGAAACAUGGAGAAAUGCUCCGGUGCCAACGUCUACACCAAAGUGCCUGAUGGAGGAUGGGGCUGGGCGGUGGCUGUGGCCUUUUUUUUUGUGGAAGUGUUUACUUACGGGGUCAUCAAGUCUUUUGGGGUGUUCUUUAAUGAUCUGAUGAUCUACUUUGAAGAAAGUAACAGCCGAAUAUCAUGGAUCAUCUCCAUCUGUAUCUUUGUCCUUACGUUCACGGCUCCCAUCUCGACAGUUCUCAGCAACCGCUUUGGGCAUCGGCCAGUGGUCAUGUUUGGAGGCUUCCUCGUCAGCAUGGGAAUGAUAUCUGCUUCAUUUGCACGCAACGUUGUUGAGAUUUAUGUCAGCAUUGGAGUGGUGUCUGGUCUUGGGUAUUGUCUCAGCUUCCUUCCCACUGUCACAAUUUUGUCACAGUACUUUGACAAACGGCGCUCUUUGGUCACCGCUGUAGCGUCCACUGGAGAAUGUUUUGCCGUGUUUGCCUUCGCACCAGCCAUCACGGCAUUAAGCGAUCAGGUUGGGUGGCGAUAUUGUCUGCUAACGGUAGGAGCUCUGCAGCUGAACAUUGUAGUCUGUGGUGCGUUACUAAGACCAAUAAUCAUCAAAGCCGAAGAGGAAACCAAGGAACUUCCAAAGCCUGAAAACCUGGAGAGCACCUACAUGCUGGAGAAUGAGCAGACCAUCACAUCAUUGGACUCCAUUGACUCUGGAGUCGAAGUAUCUACCUCACCUAAAAAUCUCCCAAACAAUGUGAAAUCUGACACUAGAACAGAAAGGGCAACAGAGAGACCAGAGAUGGCGGAGCAGGCAGACGCUUGCAAGACACCUCCUCUUCUAGACUUUUCUGUCUUAAGAAAUUCCAGUUUCAUAUGUUAUGCCCUUUUUGGUCUUUUUGCCACACUGGGGUUCUUUGCUCCGUCGCUAUAUAUAAUUCCCCUCAGCCUAAGCCUAGGGAUAGACAAGGACCGGUCUGCUUAUAUGCUGUCUGCAAUGGCCAUUGCUGAGGUCUUUGGGAGGAUUGGGGCGGGCUGGCUGCUCAAUAAGAAGCCCAUCCGCAAGGUCUACAUCGAACUUAUCUUUGUUGUGCUGCUGUGCUUCGCCUUAAUUGCCUUCCCAUUUGCUAGCAGCUUCUGGGGGCUCAUGAUAUGUAGUAUGUUCUUUGGUUGCAUGUUGGGUAUGGUGACUGGUACUCACAUUCCUAUGCUGGCUGAAGACGACAUUGUUGGCAUUGAAAAGAUGUCCUCUGCUGUGGGAGUCUACGUGUUCAUUCAGAGCAUUGCAGGGCUGGCUGGACCACCACUUGGAGGAGUUCUGGUGGACUAUACACAGAAUUACGGUUCUGCAUUCUACUCUUGUGCGGUUGGGAUGACACUAGGGGCCUUUUUUCUGGCCUUGGUGAGGCCAUGCCGGACAGGGUUCUGCCAGAGGAAGCCUCCUCUUCUACGUCAGGGAACACUGGAAGUGCCAGACGAUUUUCUGGAAAUGGACAUGAGCAGAGGCGAGGUGCUGAGCAAAAGCUGUGAAAGUCUCACUGGGACAGUAUAACACAGCUUGCAAUAAACCUCCAGCCUCCCUUAAAUCCCACUGCACCAGAACCCAUCACGCGUGGUAAAAGGGAACGCAAACCAGAAAUGUGAACGAUGGGGUUGAAGGAGGAGAGGGAGGGCCAUUAUCUUCUGCAUGCAGGGAACACAUUCACUCAUUAUCGGCUGCAACUAUCUGCACCCGGAACCUGGGCAACGCCUACAGGGUAAUCGUCGAAGCGUUCAUUGCUGAGGACCAUGCAAACCAAAUAUUUAUUAAGUUAUACUAGUUGAAGCUGCUUUUAGGGGAUGGACAGGCAAGUCCUGAUGACGGACGAUCCCUUUAGUGUUCUCAGGAUUCUAUUUGUCCGACACAGCCCUGCUACUAUCUGGUGACAUGGGCCUUGAAAUAACAAACCAUGUUUCAUGUG